UCCCUUUGCCUUCCAGAGCCCUCCUACGACCCUGUCAGCGAGGACGACGACCCUCUUUCCACAAGCCUCAAGCGCCUUUACCUGAAGAAGCCGGGCCCGGCGCGAGGCCUGCGGCUCGCUAAACCCUCCGCCCGCGUCUCGGGCACCAAAGUGGCCGAGAGGCUGCUGCUGCCGCGGGCCAAGGGGAGCAGCGUGACGGGUAACGAGGUCACGCUGAUCGACUUCGGGGAGGAGCCGGUCCCCACCACCCCCUCGCCCGUCGGGGGGGAGCGCUGCGCCCCGUCGCUGGCCAAGCUGGCCAUGGAAGCGUUCUCUCUGUUGGACAAGACCCCCCCGCAGAGCCCCACGCGGGCCCUGCCCCGGCCCCUCCACCCGACCCCCAUAGUGGACUGGGACGCCCGGCCUCUCCCGCCUCCCCCUGCUUACGACGACGUGGCCCAAGACGAGGACGAUUUCGAGGUCUGCUCCAUCAACAGCGCGGAAGGGCUGGUGGGACGUCCGGGCGGCCGUUCGGACUGGGAGGAGAAGGGGGAGAUCAACGGCGCAUUUCUGCCCGAUCCCGCGGCGCUCCCGUUCGAGGACAAUCUCUUCUUGCCGUCCAAGGAGGUCAAGCAACCCAGUCCUGCUCAAACCACCGAGCUCUUCCAGGAGUUGCAGCAGGAGUGCAUGAAACACCUCAACGUGCCCUUGGGGGCCACGUCGGGCCCCUCGACGCCCAGUCCGGGGGAGGACAAGCCCCAGAUCCCCCCUCGCGUGCCCAUCCUGCCCCGGCCCCUGGGCCAGAACGAGUUCAGCCGCUGGUCCGGAGAAAUUUCGCCGGCGUCUGGGGGAGAGGAGGACCGGCCGCCCCAGAUCCCCCCGCGUGACCCCAUGUCCCAGCCUGGCUCCCGGACGCCCAGCCCCAUGUCUCUGCCAGGUGGCUCCCCCCAACCAAGAGCCGGUCUGUGUUCUCCGCUGUCCCUGGGGUCGUACCUGUCCACGUCUCCAGGAAAGCUCCUCAUGCCCACCACCCAGAGCUUUGCCUUGGACCCCAAAUACGCCACGCCCAAGGUCAUCCAAGCCCAAGGCAAAGAGAGCGCAAAGGGGCCGUGCAUCCUGCCGAUCGUGAAGGACGGCCGGAAGGUCAGCAGCACCCAUUAUUACCUGCUCCCCGAGCGCCCGCCCUACCUGGACAAAUAUGAGAAGUUCCUCAAGGAGGCCAAGACCCCCGAGGAAAUCCCGCCACCGGCCCGGGUGGUCACCACGGCGACCGUGCGGCCGAUGGUCCAGCAACAGCCGGACUACAAAGCCAACUUCUCCUCCAACAACAGCAACGUCACGGCAAAAGCCUCCUGCAGCCUCCAGAAGAUCAUCUGCGACGGUUCCGGGUCGGACAGCUCGAGGCCCUCUGAGAAGAUACGGCUGGUCCAGGAGAUGGUGCAUGGCGUCACCACGGAGGAGUGCCAGGCAGCAUUGCAGAACCAUGGCUGGAAUGUUCAAAAGGCCAUCCAGUACUUGAAGGUGGAGCAGCUCUUUUGCCUGGGCCUGAAGACCCGGCUGGAGUGUCACAAAGUCCUGGAGAUGUUUGACUGGAACCUGGAGCAAGCCAGUUCCCACUUGCUGGACCCCUACAGCGCCUUCCGAUUCAAGCGGUGACCAAUGGCUGGACCCUGAAAGGCAGGUGUCCGACCUACUAUGCGUGGCCACGGGCGGUGAUAGCCCUUGGGGCCUUCUUCCUGACUCACGGACCAAGAUGCUGAUCCAAGCCAGAGGACGAUGGAGUAGAGGCGGGCGAGGCUGCAGCUGGGACUGCUGGGCCCGAUCCACGUGCGCCCCCUCUCCCACGCCAACGAUUGACUGGAUACGCUCCUUCCUCCUGCAGAUGCAGGCAGCUCAGAGCUCGCUUGCAUUUCGAUCCCGCCGCCCCGCUUCCAACCGUCGUUGCUGUUGCUUGCCGUUGAAUUUAUUUUGUACAGAGAAGUGUUACAUUAAUAUAUAAAUAUUCUAUUCUAUUUUGAA